UCCUGACCCCUCGGAGCUGGUCGGCCUGUGCCCUGAAGCAUGGGGGUGGCUCGCUAAAGCCGGCUGAAACUAUUCUGUCCAGCCUUUUGGGCGGGUUUUGGCUAAAUGAAAUCCCUCCCCAACACACUUCUGAUCCAAACAAGCUUUGAUGCAAAUAAUUAGCAAUGUCCCAAUUAGCCGGAGGAUUUUUCAGCACUUUAAAAUACUGCCUACCCAGCUGGCGUUAGCCUGACCACCCCCCAACAAGGUGUUACUGUAAGUAUUAACCUGUGGAGCUUGUUGCAGCGAGGGGGGUCAAUUUAAUACCACUUUAUUUGAGAUGCUAUUUAGAACGAAAGCCAUGAGCUGGGAUAGGGACGUCCAUCCCUGAACCCUCACGUUUCAGGGCACACGCCGGUCUCCAGCUGCGGUCAGGAAGAAAUGACCGCCGACCGGGCAGGAGCGCCGCACGAGUUGUGCUCUGCAGGGCUGGGCACCGGGCAGGACCGUGCCAACAGAUCCGGGGAAGGGUUUCUGGGUGAGGUUUCCAGCCUGAUGUUGCACCCGAGAGGCUGGCUUUAGAUGGAACAGCCGAACAUUUGGGGCCCCUGACCCCAGCCCAGCCUGCACGAAAGGUAGUAAGACCCUACGUCGGCACGAAAGGUAGCAAGUCCUUACACUGGCGUGGAAACCUUCCCUCUGCUCCCAGUUCGGGGUGCUUUUAGGGUGGGAUCUGACUAGCAAACCCUCCGGCGAGGUGGGGCACGAGCUGGAUUCUCCGAGGAUCAUCCUGUGAUCCCUGCUGCCCCCGAAAGCCGAGGGGCAUUCCCAACCCUGAGCAAACUCCCACCCGCCUGCAGCCCCCUGGCCCGGCGCAGCCUCUCCCCACCUCCCUGCAAGCUCCAGGCUGCUUAGCCUUUAACUCCUAUAUUUAGUCCAGCCCCCCUGUGCUAUUUUGACUGCAUGGCAGCCGUGUAUAACUGGUCGGGGCCGCCACGCCUCCUUUUCUGCUUUCUCUCCGGCUUGCCUUCGCUCCCUUUCUUGUUCUCCCCUCUGCCCCCCCUUUCCUGCCAACUGCCCCCAAAAGCAGGAACAAAAGUCCCACUGCCCCUUCAUGCCCGCGCCCCCCGUCCCUCGGCCCCCCAAACCCAGAUGAAAGCAGAGCCAAAGUCUCCCUUCUGUGAGCGCCUUUCCUGCCUGUUGUUCACCGCCUCGCUUCUCUCCCCCGCUCGCGAAACUUUGGAGAGCUCGGAGCUGGGAUUAUGGGGCAAGCGGAGGAGCUGGCGCGGAUUGCCAAGAAGCUGGAUAAGAUGGUGUCCAGGAAGAACCUGGAGGGAGCGCUUGAUCUGCUGAAGGAGCUGAACAGCUACACGAUGACCAUCCAGUUGCUGCAGACCACACGGAUCGGGGUGGCUGUCAACUCCAUCCGCAAGCACUGCUCCGACGAGGAGGUGGCGGCCCUGGCAAAGCUGCUCAUCAAGAACUGGAAGCGGCUGCUGGACUCCUCGGGGACCCAGAAGAAAGAGAAGGACUUGGAAAGUCAGAAGGAUAAAAAGGAGAAAGAGAAAAGACUCGACUUUUCCAGCUGGCAGCCCGAAGGAGCCAACUCCCACGGGCUGGAGCCCUGCAAAAGCCCGACCGAGAAGCACAGGAAGAAGCACAAAGAAAGAGACUUGUCUGACCGCAAGGCUCUCGAUGCACUUCCGGGCUCAAAGAAACAUUCAUUGGAGCAGAAGCAGGACAGGAAAUCCAGCAAGCCAGGCUCUCACCCGGUGACCCCAAAGAGCCACUCUACGGACAGCAAGCACGACAGAGAGUCCGGCGACUCCAGGGGCUCCUCUGCUGCCUCUAAGAAGUCGCCCUCAGACAGCAAGAAGGAGAGGAGAGACUCUGCAGACUCGAAAUCUUCCACCAGCACAGCUGCCUCCUCCUCUUCCACCCCUCCAAAGAGGCUGUCGUUGGAAAGGAGGCCGUCUACAGGCUCCAGCCCGGUUGCUGCUCGGAAGAACUCCAGCGACGGCAAAGAGGAGAGACAGAACAGCAGCAAAUCCAAACCAGAGACACCCAAGACGCCCACGAGCCCCUCCAGCCCCACGUUCGCCCCUAGCACUUGCCUCCUGGCCUCCUGCUACCUCACAGGAGACUCCAUCCGGGACAAGUGCAUCGAGAUGCUCACAGCUGCCAUGAAGAUGGAUGAUGACUACAAGGAGUUUGGCGUCAACUGUGAGAAGAUGGCUUCGGAAAUCGAAGAUCAUAUCUUCCAGGAGCUGAAGAGCACGGACAUGAAGUACCGCAACCGCGUCCGGAGCAGGAUCAGUAACCUGAAGGACCCCAAGAACCCCAACCUGCGGAGGAACGUGUUGUGUGGAGCCAUCGCGCCCAGCCUCAUUGCUAGGAUGACCGCCGAGGAGAUGGCGAGCGAUGAGCUGAAGGAGCUGAGGAAUGCCAUGACCCAGGAAGCCAUCCGGGAGCACCAGAUGGCGAAGACGGGUGGCACCGUCACCGACCUCUUCCAGUGCGGCAAGUGCAGGAAGAAGAACUGCACCUACAACCAGGUCCAGACCCGCAGCGCUGACGAGCCCAUGACGACCUUUGUGCUGUGUAACGAGUGUGGGAACCGCUGGAAGUUCUGCUGACGGCACUCGCCUUUGCCUCUGAGUGAUGAGUAGAGAAGAUAGAGCCUGACCGUCAAGGCGAGCGGAGCGUCUUGGACUUGUUCCUUAGGGACUGCCCCCGCCGGCCUCAGGGCCAGAAGGCUUGGGGCAAGAGUGCCGCCCACUAAAAGACUGCUUUUUGGCUGUA